UUUGGUAAUUAUUUGCCGUUUUUGUAGUUACAGUUAUUUGCAGAAUAAUUUAUAGUUAUUCCAGCCGACGUUAUUUAACCUACCUAGCUCAUGCUUGGAAAUUGAACUCCAGAUGCAUACCGGCCAUGUAAACUAUUCUGGCUUUCCGCCAAAAGAAAUUCUUUUACAACGAGCGCGAACACUCUCCACAAUUGGUCUAGUGCUCAGCGCCAUAGGACUGGCAAUUUUGGUUGCUGGCGCUAUCUCUGCUGUGUUUAUCAUUGGACCUGGUAUUAUGGUGAUUAUUGCAGGCGGAUUAUUAAUAUUUGCAGGGCAUAGAAAAACUCUUGAGGCAAAUAGGACGGAAGGACAAAUGUUAACGACCCCUAACCUCCAGUGCCCAACUGACGUAAACACCCCGUACAUAAACCACCCGCCAAUUCUAAUACGUCAACAAUCUAGCUCUGCGGAAUUAUAUAACAAUCAACAAGGCUCAUUUGUAACAUCCACGUACUGGGUUCCAGGCCCAGCAACAUCUCAUCCAACUUUGACGCCUACGCUGGGUGAGCCACCACCACUCAGCAAUGUACCAACGGAACCACCACCUUCGUAUGAUGAUGCUUCAAAAAUGAAAUGAAUCUCCGUCUUCUUUUUUCGCUCAUUAAUGUCACUUGUUUUGCGCAAUAACCCUGCUGUACUCUGAAUGUGGUGGCAGAUGUGAGUAGUUGCAAUAAAUUGGAAGACAGUGGAAAUUUCUUGGGCCUUUCAUGUACCUCAUUUGUUUGUUUGCAAAAUUUGGGUUAUUUGCUUCAGAGAAACUUUCGCCGACUUGUGAAAAUUGAUGUUCUGAUUCUGUGCUGCGGUGCAGCUAAAUUGCUAAACGUUUGAAAUUGAUAUAAUAUGCUGAGUGCUAAAUAUUUAGUAAUACAUUGAAUUUAUAUUGCAAUGUAGCAGAAGAAAAAAGAAUGAAUAAAUGUAGGAAAAUACCGAG